CACUGCAGUCCAAAGAGCGAUAAAGCAGACGACAAACCGUUGUCUUAGAAAUAAUAUCUCUAAGGUCUUAUCAAGAUUUAUAAGAAAGCAUUUUGUGCUGUCAGAACUAAAUCCUUCAGGUCAGCAAGGCUGUCUUGAGUAGAUCACAUCCACCACAGCAUGGCGCUGACAUACUUGCUGAUGCUCACUGUCGGGCUGCUGGCGUGUGCCGGUGCUCAGACGCUGAAGAAGCUGGGACAACUGCGCGCCACCCAUGCGGCCUUCACCAGCCUCGUGGACAAGGAGAUCUCGUCUGUGGCUGCCGAGAAGUACUCCCUGCUGAUCGCCGCCUUCAACCCAGUUCCCCUUGUCCAUGACUCCAUUUAUGAGGUUCCUGCUAUUGGGAGUCAUCUUGCCGAUUUGCCACAUGCACCCGUUACAGAGAUAUCUCGUGAUGUCACAUGGCCCAACGAAGUUAGCAAAGUACCAGAUGAGGCUUUCGGCAAGACUACUUACGCCAUCGCGGCCGGGGGCUUCUUUGUCCCGCUAAAAGAUCAUGGGAGUCUGACCUUGUUUGACCUGGCUUUGUCGCCUCCCACUCACCACGUGCUGACAGAUUCCAACGCGGCUAAGUGGUUCUACCACAGAGUCCAGUGGAAAGACAUGAAUGGCGAUGGUUUGUUGGACAUAGUGACCUGCCGAGCGGAAAAACCUAUAGUAGGGUCUGCCCAGGGACAAUUGGUCUGGUUCGAGCACCCUAAAACGAACCCUUUGGGGCAGACGUGGCAAGCACACGUCAUUGGCAGCGGCCCAGACAGCAUGUUCACUCUGGCAUCACUGCCCACAGCAGACGGCAAGAUGGACUGCAUCAUCACCGCCGGCUUCUUCUCGCAUUCACUAAACGUGUACUGGACUACGGAUCCACAGGGACGCUGGGUGGACACAUCAAAGAUCCAGCAUCGCGUCAUUGACAACGGCAUUGGACAGGUGUUUGAUGUCAAAGUUGCCGAUGUCAACCACGACGGUCAGCUGGACCUUCUAGUGACCAACAACGCCGCCAGCAACGCGUCACUUUUCGCCUAUACAGUGCCCAGCGACUUCCGGACCGGAAACUUUCAGCGCCACCUUCUGGCCGGCGGCUUCAGGUCUCGCGCACUGGGUAUCGGACGUGGCGCCCCUGGCUCUCCACUUCUAGUCUACCCACAACCAGGUCAAAGUAAUGCGAAGCCGGUGAUCAUUCUAUCCGGCGACGACGAAGGACAAGCUUUCUUGUUCCGCUCCUCUAGCUCAUCGCCCACUGACUGGAAUAUCAAGGCCACAUUCGUUGACGUGGGAGGCAGAACGAUUGGCUCAAUAGCUGCUGGUGAUGUAGACGGAGACGGGUACACGGAGGUGUUCGUACCUUCCUAUGACGAGGGGCUUGUCUACGUCUACACCUUCAAGCCCUGAAGACCAGCCAUCACAGCAAGAACAUGCUUGUACUAAGAAGUCCAAGUAUCGCCGAGGACCUUUCGUGAUGUCAGACACGAUGUUGCUGAUGCCAUUCGGAUCCGAGAAAUUUUAUUUUUAAUUGAACUUAUAUUGGAUGAACAGUUUUUAUUUGUUACUCUGCUAAUAUUGUUGAUUGUUUUACUAUUUAUAGUUAAAUAAGUUACUCUGCACGACUGAUAUUAGCUUAUACAGCUUUCUGUCACAUGUCAUUUAUUAUUAUGAAUCAUAAUUUAUUAAGAGCAGGAACUAUAAAGUUAGGAAUGAGGCACUUA